GCGAAGUUGAAGGCUGGGCGCGGAUAACAGAACGCUAUGGUGGUUAAAAGGGACGUAGAACAAUUCAAUUGACAUUUUAGCUACAUAUAAUAGUUACUGGAAAUCUGUUUUGAAUAAUACAACAUUUUUAAAUCAACCAUUUUUUUCCUCUCUUCGGGUUAAAAGGCCUUUUUUUGGGAGUCUAUUCGCCACAGUCUCUGCGUACCGACCCGCUACCAGUCAGUGUUGCGCGACGUGAAACAUUUUCAUCUGGGCAGGAGAGGAUUUCUUCCCUUCUCGUCUGCGUGUUGGAUAUCACACGGAUUUGAUCGGAAUAUAUAUUUAAAACAAGUUGGAUCAUCAAUUUAGCCAAAUCGUUUAGCUAAAUGAGUAUAAUCUUCGUGGUGAUCUCUCCGAUCAGAUGUCAGAAAUACACAUGACAGUACCAGCCACACCAAAAAUAUAUGACUGUGUCUAGUUGUCUAACGUUAGUUGGCCUUUGGGGAAAUGUAAGGUUACUUUAGCUGCGUUUCAUGGAUUUGUAAAAUCCUAUCAUAAAAAGCGUGCUAGAUAGUUGUUUUGAAGUGUAUAUAUAUAUAUAUAUUUUCUUUCUUUCGUGAAUGCUGUUUUGCUUGUUAGUUCUGGUUCAUGUCUGAUGACUGUAGGUAACGUUACUGUAGCCCAGUACAGAGGAGACUCGGAUGUCGAAAUAAAACGUUUUGGCAAUCAAAAACAAUAGCUAGCUGGGUCCUAAAGUAGACAGACAACUUUAGAUAUUUUCAUAGCUCAUCAAUUGUUGCAAUAUUGAUGUUAGCUUGUGAUUUUUAACAUUUUUUUUUAAAUCACAUUUUUUUGUUUGUUGUUGCACUGUCUGGGACCUAAAUGACUGUUUGGACAAUCAAGGUUAGAUAAAACAAAUCAUGAAUAUCAACUGUUAAACCAAGAAGACAUUUAUUCAGCCAUCGUAUUUGAUUAUGUUAGAUUAUUAGAUAGUCCGGGCGAAUGUGCUCGUCGAGCUCACAGAUUGAAGGGGGUGAAAUAAGGAGAAGUUCUUGGAGAAACCGCCCGUCCCAAUUAAUCCCACCAGCCAUGGCAGUCCUGGGCCGAACGUCGGGGCUGGCACCGGGGCUGGCACUGGGGCUGUUCGGCAUCCUGGGCCGAACGUCGGGGCUGGCACCGGGGCUGGCACCAGGGCUGUUCGGCAUCCUGGGCCGAACGUCGGGGCUGGCACCGGGGCUGGCACCAGGGCUGUUCGGCAUCCUGGGCCGAACGUCGGGGCUGGCACUGGGGCUGUUCGGCAUCCUGCUCCUCAGUCCCGUCGCUGCUGCCCAGAGUGAGGAGCGUGAGUGUGCGUUCAACGACCAGCAGCAGCAGUAUGAGGAGCAGCGUGUGGGAGCAGUGGGAGGAGCAGGAGACUGGCCUAUGACCAGAGAGAAUACUACUAUACGCUGCAGUAAGGGCUCUCGAUGCUAUGGACUGUGGGAGAAGACUAGAGACGGAGAGAUACACCUGGUCAAACAGGGAUGCUGGACUCACAUCGGGGACCAGCAGGAGUGCCAUGACGACCGUUGCGUGGUUACCACCACUCCGUCUCAGAUCCAGAACGGGACGUAUAGGUUCUGCUGCUGUAGCACCAACAUGUGUAACGUCAACUUCACCGAGGACUUCCCCCCGCCCAGCCCCACCUCUGCACAGCUAUACCCACGGCCGCUGUACCGCGAGGAGACCAUCGUGAUCGCCCUGGCGUCUGUCUCCAUAGUAGCGGUGCUGAUCGUGGCGCUGUUCUUUGGGUACCGCAUGCUGAGUGGAGACAGGAAACAGGGACUACACAACAUGGACAUGAUGGAGGCCGCAGACUCAGAACCCAGCCUCGACCUGGACAGCCUUAAACUACUAGAGCUGAUUGGUCGAGGGCGAUAUGGCUCCGUGUAUAAGGGUUCUCUAGACGAGCGUACCGUGGCGGUCAAGAUGUUCACCUACCAGAACCGGCAGAACUUUGUCAACGAGCGAGCCAUCUACCGUGUCCCCCUGCUGGAGCACGAUAACAUCGCACGCUUCAUCGUAGGAGACGAGAGACUCACAGCCGACGGACGCGUGGAGUACCUACUGGUCAUGGAAUAUUACCCUCAUGGUUCUCUGUGUCAGUACCUGAGUCUGCAGACAGGAGACUGGGUCAGCUGUUGUCGCCUCACACACUCUGUCACACGGGGGUUGGCCUACCUGCACACUGAGCUGCUGAGAGGAGACAUCUACAAGCCAGCCAUAUCUCACAGAGACCUGAAUAGCAGGAAUGUUCUAGUAAAGAAGGAUGGGACAUGUGUGAUCAGUGACUUUGGUCUGUCCAUGAAGCUGACAGGGAACCGCCUGGUCAGGCCUGGAGAGGAGGAGAACGCUGCCAUCAGUGAGGUGGGUACAGUCCGAUACAUGGCCCCAGAGGUUCUGGAAGGAGCGGUGAACCUGAGGGACUGUGAGUCGGCUCUGAAGCAGGUGGACAUGUACGCCCUGGGGCUCAUCUACUGGGAGACCUUCAUGAGGUGUACUGACCUCUUCCCAGGAGAGACGGUGCCCGACUACCAGAUGGCGUUCCAGGCCGAGGCAGGGAACCACCCCUCCUUUGAGGACAUGCAGGUCCUGGUGUCCAGAGAGAAAGAGAGACCCAAGUUCCCCGAGGCCUGGAAAGAGAACAGUCUGGCGGUGCGGUCCCUAAAGGAGACCAUGGAGGACUGUUGGGACCAGGAUGCUGAGGCCAGGCUGACCGCUCAGUGUUCAGAGGAGCGCAUGGCUGAACUACUGCUGAUCUGGGACAGGACCAAGUCUGUCAGCCCCACGGUUAACCCUAUGACCACCACACUGCAGAACGAGAGGAACCUGUCCCACAGCCGCAGGGGUCCUAAAGUCAGCCCCUACCCAGACUACUCCUCCUCCUCCUACAUCGAGGACCACGAGGGCCACACGGUGAAGAACCUUCCUGGGGGGGACACCUCUGUAUCGGGUACCUCCUCCGUCGGCGUCCUGGGUGGAACCGGCAGUGUACCCGCAGGCCCAGAGAAGAACCGAAACUCCAUCAACGCCGAGCGUCAGCAGGCUCAGGCCCGUCUGCCCAGCCCGGAGAGCAGCGGCACCAGCCUCUCCACACCCAACACCGUCAUGACCACCAUCUCUGAGUCGGGUCAAGGGGAGGACUCAUCCGGCCCACUAGGUGGCACUGUGCUGGGGCUGGUGGUGCCGGUGUGUCUGCAGCUGACCCAGGAGGACUUGGAGACCACCAAGCUGGACCCUAGAGAGGUUGACAAGAACCUGAAAGAAUCUUCUGAUGAGAACCUUAUGGAGCACAGCCAGAAACAGUUCUCUGCUCCAGACCCGCUCAGCUCUGGGUCUUCCUCCCUGCUCUACCCCCUCAUCAAGCUGGCUGCGGAGGUGACUGGGGCCGGGCCUGGGGCCCAGGGAGGGUCUGGGACCGGGGCCAGUGGGAUGGGGGACCCUCCAGCUACUAUGUUCCCCCUGCCCAAACAGCAGAACCUCCCCAAGCGGCCCACCAGCCUACCACUCAACACCAAGGCCAAGGAGGGCUCUGGUUCCUCCAGGCUGAAGUCUGGGAAACACCGGUCCAACCUGAAGCAGGUAGAGACGGGCGUGGCCAAGAUGAACACGGUCGCCCCAGCGGCAGAGCCACGCCUUGUUAACGUCACCAACAACGGGCCAACGGCCGUAGGAAACGGGGUGCGGAGCGGCGUAAGCGUCGUGGUCGUCAACGGUUACCUGAACGGAGGUGUGGCCUCUUCAGCUGGAGGCGGGACUCCUUACGGGACUACCAAUCCGGCGGGCCCUCAGGGGGAGUUGGGCGGAGCGACACCCUUGUUACAGACCCAGCUCAGCGGAGAGGACAGUAGACUCAACAUCAACUCCAGUCCUGAUGAACAUGAACCACUGCUAAGGAGAGAGCAGCCCGCCCCAUGUGACCAGAGACCAACCAAUCACCUGGCGGGCCGCACCAACACCAACAACAACAACAACCGUCUGGUGAUCACAUGUCCAUCUGUAGAGGGACAGCCUGAACCCCUCACCUUUGUCCCCAUACCUAGACCUGUCUCUGUACCCAAACCCAUCUCCGUACCUGUCACUGCCCCUCUCACUGCCCAACUACCAGACCCAGCCCCAGUCUCAACCCCAGUCCCAGCCCCAGUCCCAGCCCCAGUCUCAACCCCAGUCCCAGCCCCAGCCCCAGUCCCAGCCCCAGUCCCAGCCCCAGUCGUCCCAGUCUCAACCCCAGCCCCAGUCUCAGUCCCAGUCUCAACCCCAGUCCCAUUCUCAACCCCAACCCCAGUCUCAGUCCCAGUCUCAACCCCAGUCCCAGUCCCAUUCUCAACCUCAGCCCCAGCGGCCCUCAGACAGCCCAAACCCAGACGACCUGAGAGACCCUGCUCCCUGGACCUGUCUGGCUCCUCACACAACAGCUCUUCAGGUGAUGGUUCGUCGCUGGACGGCCAGGGAGGGUCAGGUGAGAAGAUCAAACGUCGUGUCAAGACACCGUACUCCCUGAAGAGGUGGCGCCCCUCCACCUGGGUGGUCUCCAUGGAUACGCAGGUUGGAGAGGUUAACAACAACGGAACCUGUCGCUCCAAGUCCUCCACUGCCGUCUACCUGGUAGGAGGUGGGACUACCACAGCCACCAUGACCUCUGACCCCUGUGACCCUGGCAUGACCUGCCUGUGAACCCUGACCCCUGGAGGAGGGUGUGAUAACAGGUGGGCAGUGUGUUGCAGAAAUGCCAGCUGCCUGUUUGCCAACUACACCCAGCUGGCUACUAACCUUGAUGUGGUCGGCUACUUCAAUGACUUUAACAAAUUGGGGUGUAUCAGAUAUCACCAAAUGUGGUUUUCUUUUGGGGG